AUUUCCGCCCAGUGAAGACUGCAGAAAACAGAAAAUGCGAAGAAAUUAACGCAUAUCAGGUGACGUUUAUUUAAGGAUCCCUUCUUGGUGCCAAAUUGACGGCUUGGUUCGAAAACAGCUCUUUUUCUCCGGCUUCUUUUCAAUCACUGCAAACAAAUCAACAAAAGAACUGUGUUUCGUGCAAAAGAAACGAGAGGGAAUCAAUUUCAAGAUGGCUGGAGAGGUCAUUCACCUUGCCAGUGUGAUUUGUCUAUCCAUCCUAUCUGUUACCACAGUUUCAAGCAACCUUCUUCUUCUUAUUGCUAUUUGGAAAGACCCGCUCAAUUGUUUUGACUCUCCAACGACGAGUUUCAUUGUCGGUAUAAGUUUAGCUGACCUUAUAACCUCUCUCACGACAGAGCCGUUCUUCGCGGCGUAUUACUAUGUGGCGUACACAAAUGGAAGAGACGCAGUCAAUGAUGGUUUACAAACGCUCUUUACGGCAGGAAGCAAUAUUUCUACUGUGGCUAUCUGUUAUUCGUUUCUGAUCGUGUUGGCUUUGUCGUGGUCCCAGUACAUAGCAAUAAAAUGUCCACACAGUUUUAAGAAAGUCGUCACUAAGAGAAACGCCAUUAUAUUCAACAUGCUAAGUUUGUUUUACUUGUUGUUCUUCAUGAGUCUUCAAUUUGGGGGAAUCAUGGAUCAAUUCACUUUUUUAAAACUCAAUCUGGCCAUAAACUCUUCUUUUCUAUCUAUUAACUUGGUGGUGGUUUUGUUUUUGUUAAACGCAGCUUUCCGACGUCAUUUGAAGAGAAAACGCGCGUUCGAACAUCCCGAGGAAAGCUAUUCGCCGAGAAGCAGUCGAAAAUCCCGCCGCGAAAAUCUACAGCAGCAGUUUACAGCAGUUGCGAUGUAUUUAGCUGCUAUUUUGCUCUUAUCCGCUCUACCACAUGUCAUUACAGCUCAAAUAUUCCUUUAUCUAUCAGAGGAGCUAUCUCCACAAGCCAAUAGAAAUCUUCAGAUUGCUCUCGAAAUCUCCGAUCUGUUGUUGUUCGCAAAAGUCUGCUUAGACGCGUUUGUGUAUGCAUGGCGUCUACCAACCUAUCGUCGAGCGAUGAAGAUACUCUUUUUUCGGCGGGUAACGGAGAGGAGCGGAUACAUCAACGGGAGACAUGUGAAUCGUUUUACAGAAGUUUCGCUUUCUCCGCAGUAAAGGUAUCAGGUAAUGGGGAACCUUGACUAAUGUCAUUUUGGGAAAUAAUUCAAAUCUUUAACACCAGUAAAUAAAAGUUAAGCUUUUUCAAAAGAUUAUUGAUCGAAAAUCUUAUCGGUUGAUCGAGAAAAUACAGGAAUAUUUCUACUGUUGAAAAGCAGGAUAUAUUAUUAUUUCUUUGGGCAGUAAGUUAAUGUGUUCAGGUGAUUAUUAUUGUAAGAAAUAUUUUGAAUUUCUAUAACAAGUCGUUAGUUGUAAUAAGUGUUUGUCCGCUUUGUUGUUUGGACAGUUUGACACCUUCACUUCAAAUACAAUUUAUUGCCACUAUUUUACCAAGGUCUGUAGAUGUGGAAUAAAAGCCAGUGGGUAGUGA